CUUGAAAAGAGAAAACUUCUUCAAUGGCUCCGCCCUUGCUAAUCUUUUCAUCAUUAUUCCUGGCUUUGCUGCUAAAAUUGCUCUUGAAGCACAAAGAUAACAGAAAUGAAAAGCUUCCACCAUGCCCUCCAAAACUUCCCAUUAUUGGCAACCUUCAUCUACUAGGCAACAUGCCUCAGGAAUCACUUCACAACUUAGCCAAGAAGUAUGGUCCGAUCAUGUUCUUGCAGCUUGGUCAGGUGCCAACAGUUGUGAUUUCAUCAGCUAGAUUGGCAAAGGAAGCUAUGAAGAACUAUGAUCUUGCGCUAGCAAGCAGGCCACAAAUAUUUUCAGCCAAACACCUUUUCUACAACUGCACAGAUAUUGUCUUCUCUCCAUAUGGUGCCUACUGGCGAAACAUACGCAAGAUUUGCAUCCUUGAACUGUUAAGCGCCAAGCGAGUGCAGUCAUUUAGCUUUAUUAGGGAAGAAGAAGUUGCUCAUCUAGUUCAGCGAAUCACAGAAUCAUGCCCAGGUACUACAAACUUAACCCAUAUGCUUAACCUGUAUGCAAAUAAUCUCCUCUGUCGCGUUGCAUUUGGGAAGGACUUCUCACAAGGAGGGGAUAAUGUUAGGCAUAACUUCCAAAAGCUGCUUGAAGAUUAUCAAAUUCUUCUUGGAGGAUUCACCAUUGGAGAUUUCUUCCCUUCCAUGGAAUUUAUGCACAAAUUGACUGGGAUGGAAUCCAGACUCAUUGACACUUUCAGACGCUUUGACCAGUUUUUCGAUGAGAUUCUAGAGGAACAUCGAAAUCUUGAGAACAAGAAAGACCGCAAGGACCUCGUGGAUGUUUUACUUGAAAUGCAGCGAAAGCAGGAUCUUGAAACUCCUCUCACCACGGAUAAUAUCAAAGCAAUUACACUGGACAUGUUUGCAGCAGGUACUGAUACAAAUUUCAUCACCUUGGAAUGGGCAAUGACAGAACUCAUGGUGAAUCCCAACGUAUUGCGAAGAGCACAGGCUGAGGUGAGAAGUAUUGUGGGUGAAAAAAGAUCGAUAUCUGAGAAUGACCUGCCUCAGUUACACUACAUGAAAGCUGUUGUGAAGGAAACAUUUCGACUACAUCCUCCGGCUCCAGUGUUAGUCCCAAGAGAAUCAAUGGAAGAUGUGACAAUUGAUGGCUACAAUAUUCCUGCUAAAACAAGGUUCUUCAUCAAUGCUUGGGCUAUCGGAAGGGACCCUGAAUCAUGGGAAAAUCCAUAUAAAUUUGAACCAGAGAGGUUCAUGAAUUGCCACAUUGAUUACAAGGGCCAAGAUUUUGAGCUCAUACCUUUUGGUGCUGGUAGACGAAGCUGUCCUGCUAUUACAUUUAGUACACCAACUGUUGAGCUUGCUUUAGCUCAACUUCUGCACAGCUUUGACUGGGAGCUUCCUCCAGGAGUUGAAGCAAAAGACCUGGACAUGAAAGAAGUUUUUGGUAUCACAAUGCACAGGAUAUCACCUCUGAUGGUUGUUGCCAAACCACACUUUUCUUAAGGUCUCAAUUUAACUCUACAGAGAAACCAAUUAGAGAAGAACAAUAGCCUGCUCUCAAUUUCUAUAGAAUAAAUACUUAGUUUUCUGUAAUUCAUGAGAUGAGGUUGUAUGUGCAGGAUCAAUGGCACAACUAAUAGUUUUCAUAAUUAAUGUGGACAUUUAUUGAAGUGGAAUGCACAAAGCAUCGCUGUUGAUCA